AUGAGUCUUUCCGACUCGAAUGAAGCCACGGCGAGCGAGGAGACACCGCUGCUGGACGACGACGUGCGGAAACAUGAAGAGGUGUACAAAAGGUUCAGACCUUCGCAGAAAAGGGUCAUAGUUGCGCUCAUUUCAUUGGCGGGUCUGAUUCCACUGUUUGUCUCCGGAACGUUCAUCCCCUCUAUCCCCCAAAUUGCGAAGGACCUCAAUACUACAGGUACGAACAGCAUCGCCGUCAGCUUGUCGAUACUCGCGAACGCGUUUGGAAGUCUCUGGUGGGCAACAUACUCGAGUUAUUACGGACGAAAGCCCAUUUAUUUGACUUCGAUAGCCAUCGAAGCCGUCGGAUCCCUCGGAGUUGCGCUUUCACGGAACGUUCCUCAGCUUCUCGUAUGUCGGGUCCUUCAAGCCUUUGGCGCAUCCAGUGGGCUCUCCGUAGGUAUAGGGGUGAUAGGAGACAUCUACAAGCUGGAAGAAAGAGGGACAGCGUCGGGCAUUUUCUUUGGGGCCGUUUUGCUUGGCGCAGCUCUCGCACCUUUCGUCGGUGGAACUACAGCCCACUAUUACUCCUGGAGGGGCAUGCAAUUUGGCCUAUGUGGUUUCGCGAUCUUUUGCUGGAUCCUCACGCUACUCGUACAGCCAGAGACAAGUCAGCCAGGCGCACGAGGCAUCGACAAGGCUCGAGAAGCUGGCAAGAAGGACGGCUGGGUGUGGCUGAACCCAUUGAAAAGCCUGGCUCUGCUCCGCAGCCCGAACGUUCUGUUCUUGGCGAUGGAAGGGGCGUUUGUGCUUCUCACUGACUACGCUCUUAUUGUGCCCAUCGCCUUCACCAUUGGUAAACGAUAUGGCAUACAUAACGAGUCUCUCUUGGGAGCUCUAUGUAUCCCGCUGGGCAUCGGAAACGCUAUCGGCGCACCCCUCACAGGUCGUAUCUCGGACUGGAUGGUCGUCAAGUGGCGAAAACGCCGCGGGGGCAUAUGGGUCCCUGAAGAUCGCUUACGUGCGGCUCUGCCUGGCGCGGCGGUCAUGGUCCCCUGCUCGGUACUGUUUUCGGGCCUUGUCACGCAGUGCUUCCGCGGCGUGGUUAUUGCCGUCUGUGUGGCCUUUAUCUUACCGGCGAUCGAUACAUUUGGCGUGGCAAUUACCAAUGGCGUCGUUGCUGUGAUUGCAUGGAUAGGAUUUGGGUAA